AUGACACACAUUGCCAAUUGCAUGCGACCUGCGGCAGCUCCAUCCUCGCCUGUUUAUAUAACCAUGGAAACAUCCUUCCUGUCGCCCGUAAACUCUCUUCCCCUGCUGCCAGACAGGAGCCCCUCCAUCCUGAGCCCCCAGUCGCAGAGCGGCAGUGCUUCUAGAUAUCAGCUGUGGCCAUCCAAGAGCCCUGCAACAGCCCAGCCACGGACUACCUUUGCAUCUGACAAGCUCUCUGCGUUGUCUGUUGGACGCUCGUCUUCUUCACUGAGUGAUACCGUGGUAUCUCAAGAAACCGUUCCCUUUUGGCAGCGAAGCGGUUCCCUCGCCAGAAGACGAAAAGUCAGCGUGCCCGAGCUGGGUAGUACUAUGACCACGGUCCAAGAAAUGCCUAUAGAUUCUCCCACCAUCCCUGGACGACCACCUCUACGCAAGGCAUCGACCGAGGUUUUUGGCCACGAGAGAUCCAGCAGCGCCCCAGGCACAAACUGGAGAGCCGGCCCAUUUGGUGAUGCCCUGAUGUCUUGCGUCACGGGACCUUCUCCCGCACAGGAGGACCAGUCCUUCUUUUUUUCCUCGCCGGAACAGGCCAAACGGGCACCUGAACAGACCAACCGUUUGGAGCCAUCCGUCACUUUCGGAAAGCCGCUGUCGCCGAUCCUCAGUCCAGGUGUCGCGUCGAAGCCGACCUUGAAAGUAGAUACGGAUGUCAUACAAGAAGAUGUCGAGUCUCCCCCCGAGGUUCCUCCCAAGUCACCGGCAGUAGAACGCAAGGGUUCACCCAGCCCCCUCAAGCUCAACACCAAGACGAGCCGAUCACAGCUCACCACCCCCGCUACAGCCACUUCUGGUGGCAUGACCCCCAUGAGCGCCUUCGAGAACCGACGAUCACCCAACGUAAUCGGCCCGCUACCGACGCCUCUAUCAGCUAUCUCGAAUCCAUUCAGCGCUGGUUCUCCAGGGGGUGGAUUUGACCAUCGUGCAUCACCCAAGAUCGAAAGGCGAGACCCCCUCGCCUCACACAAUACGCACAACAGGAAUCUGUCCGAGUCAUCGGUAAUGGACCGCGGUCGACCUGUCCGAAGAGCCAGCAAGAGAUCGCGAAGCCGUACCGCCUCGGAGGCGAACGAGGAGCCUGCGCCCGACACAUGGCAGUUGCCCAAGGGCAUGCGUGUCGCCGACGCUUCGCGGCGUAUGCAAGAGGCAGAGAAGGAGACCUUGUAUAAGCAGGCAUCCGAACAGGCCGAGAAGUUUGAGGUAAUGAACAAGCGCGACGUCGCUUCCAUGUCUAGGGAACUGAGAGCUCUUGAUGAGCGAUGCGACUAUCUCCGCAAAACGUACAAGUCCUUGCGGGCUGGUCGCCAGAAACUUCACAGUCGUAUGAUCUCCUACCUCAAGCGAGGGAACACGGUCAUCUUCUCGCGCGAGUCGCUGCUUAAGCAGGAGGAGGCACUAGCCGAGCUAGAUGUCUCCAUCGAUGAGUUUAUCCUCAAGCUAGAGCAAGCAGAGAACCGACGCUUGCGACUGCGUCAAAAGCUUCUGGAGCAUGUGGCUGCUGCCCUGGUCCUGAACCCGGCUGCGCUUCACGAGGGCUCUGAAACCACGCCGCCCAGGAGUCCUGUCAAAAUGGAAAGCCCCCUCCGCAACGAGCGCAAAGAGGUGGAGUCGAUCAAAAUCUACGCCGACGGGCACGUCCUCAACCUCUUCUCCGACAUCGAGCAUGCCAUUGGCAAAAUGUGCGAACAAGCAUACUGA